AAAACAAUGAAUGGUGUCUCUAGUCAAACAACACAACAUGGAGGAACAUAGCAGAGGGGACACCGAUGGUCUUCUUCAACAAGACCUAAACAACAACCGAAGUGGAUCUGAACAGCAUCGUUCACCUCUCAGACCAGACCCCUGUGACUUCCUGUUGGAUGCUAUUGAUGCUCAGCAUAAAAAACUGCAGGUCAACACCUGUAAACAAGACGGCAGAAAAUCAGCACCAUUUAAGUGGAGUGAGUCUUUGAGCAAAGACACAGGACUGGGCAGUACAGUGUCCCAGACAAACGACACUCCCAUGUCUUCCUUGGAUUUAAUGCACACUCCAACUGCAGAACAAACAUCAGAUGGAAGUAUCCCAGCUCCUGUCACAUUCGUGGAGGCUACAAAGGACGUGGAUGUGUGGACAAUUAGCAAAAUGGGGACGGAGUCUCACAAGGAGCAGGUCCUGUGGAGACUAGAAAGACUUCUGGGAGACGCAUGUGAGCAAGGUGCAAUUUCAGGUGAAGACCAUCUUCCUUCAGAAAGUAUCUGCACUGAGGACUUUGUGAGAUGCUUUCGACUGGAGAUGGUGGAUUUGGCAAUGCCACAGGGCAAUGUACAAGAGCUGGACACAGAGGAGGAGGCUGAGAGGACACUGAUCUCUGAUGCUGACACUUGCCGGAGUCACCAAAAUAUAGACAGUCGUGUCAGUUCUGAGAAAAGCAGUAAAUACAAGCCAGAACAAAAGGAUGAAUGUCCUUCACACAGCUCUGGAAUUUCAAAAUUACACAAAGGAGUUGGACUUAGGCACAACACAUCACAGAGUCCUGAAGAUAGUUGCAUCAUUUACGACCCAGAGGUGGAAAAAGAACAUCGGAACCACAAGAAUAUUUCUUCUCCGAAAGCCAGGUGUUUAGCAGGCGUACAACUCUGGAAUUUUGACACUGUGUCUAUUGACAGUGACCUUGACUCGGUCUGUACAGUGCAAGUAAGAGAACAUCUCCUGAAACGUGCCGGAGAUUUUCAAAACAAAAGCUCUCUUCUCCCUAAAGCCCAGUGUGGUAGAGGAUAUAUGUCAAGAGCUGAGUUUUCUUUGGGCAAUGAGCACAAAGACUUAAAUGAGGAGUCAAAUGAAGACUGGAGCAGGAGGUCCCAGCUUGAGAGGGCAUCAGAGAAUAUGCACUCUGCUUGGGAGAAAAUGAACUCUCGACUGUCCUCCCUGAGACAAAAAUGUGAGAAAGAGGAGGAGACUCUACGAAUGAGAAAGUCUCAUUUAGCUGAGGUUGAGCACUCCCUCUCUGAAUUGCAGCUGAGGAGAAAGCAUGCCAUGCAGGAUCUGGAGCGUCUCAGUGCUGAGUCGGAGCACAUGGAGACAGAAAAAAAACAACUGGAGCAUUUGCUAAAAGACAGUAAAGCAGAUAGAGACUCAAUGAGUUGCCAGUUGCAGAAACUUCAGAGGGAAAAAGAGUCUUGUGUCAUAGAGCUUAGAAGUAUGGAAGAAGAACUUAAGAAGAAAGAACAGUUCUGUGUGGAAAAGAACAACAUGUUUGUGUUGGAGAGGCAGGAGUUGGACAGACAGCUGGAUUGUGCCAAAACUGAACUCUUCUCUGAACAGCGGCGGGCAAGAGAGAAGCUAGAAUCCAUGCAACAAAUGUUGGAGGAAACUUGUGAGGAACUCUUGAGGGUCUCAGAGGCAGAGACCUCACUGAGGAACAGGUGUACUUGUCUGGAGGAGAAAGAGAGGCAGAAAAACGAGGAGAACGAGAGAAUUCAGUGUCAAACACGUGAGCUGCAGAGAGAACUGGGAGCUUGUAAAGCUCGCGUUGACACACUGGAGAAAAUGUUAGAUCAAAAGGAGCAACAACUGCUGGACUUACAGGAGCAGCGUGGAGGCUUACAAGCAGAAGGAGACAGACUGAGGGGGGAGCUAGAGUUCACGAAAUGCCAACACUACAAUGCUCUUAAAGAAGCCAGAGAACACACACACUCAAUGAUGGAGGCAGCUCUGAAGCAGCAGAUGAAAGAUUUAGUCUUGACCCAUGAGCAGCAAACACAAAGGGCAAGGGAAGAUGAAGCAAAAAGACUGAAGAAUUCUCUUGAGCACCAGAAGGAGGAGUCCAAGAAACGUGAAGAAGAGCUGCACACGGAAACACUGGAAAAGGUGCACAAGGCCAUAGAAGAGGAGAGGAGGAAAGCAGAAUAG